AUGUCUGAAACAACAAUCCACGACUUGCCGGAAGACUGUCUUGCACACGUUAUUGCAUUCACGACUCCUCAUAACGCAUGUCAUUCUUCGACUGCAUCGACUAUGUUUCACAAUUCGGCCAAAUCGGAUUUCGUAUGGGACAAAUUCUUACCUCGUGAUUAUUGUGAUAUCAUGUCAAAGUUGGUUUCUCCGGUGGAGUUUUCAUCCAAAAAGGAUUUGUUUUUCAAGCUUUCUACUCCUCUUCUCAUUGAUGGGGGCAAUAAGNGCUACAUGUUGAGUGCAAGGGAAUUGUCAAUUGCUUGGGCAAGCAAUCCUCAUUGUUGGAGCUGGAAACCCCUUCUUCAAUCAAGAUUUUCUGAAGGGGUGGAGCUUAUAAUGGUAAGUUGGUUAGAGAUAUAUGGAAAAAUCAACACUCGGGUGCUGACAGAAAAUACCAAAUAUGGAGCCUACCUCGUUGUUAAACUUGCGGAUCGUGCAUUUGGAUUAGAUUCCCUACCAUCGGAGGUUUCAGUUGAAGUUGGUGAUUAUAAAUCCACAAGGAAAACUUAUUUAAGAGUCAAUGAGUGUAAAGAACAAGAAUUGGAGCGUGAUGCUGUGCAACACAAAACUAACGAAUCAAGAUCAAGAAUUCAUGAAGUAGAAGAACGCGUUCUUCAUAUGCGCGAAGAUGGAUGGUUAGAGGUUGAAUUGGGUGAAUUCUAUUGUGAUGGUAAAGACAAAGAAGUGAAGAUGAGCUUGAAAGAGGUGGAGGGUUAUCAUCUCAAAGGAGGCCUUCUUGUUGAAGGCAUUGAGCUUAGACCUAAGCAGUAG